GGACCGUAAAUUCAAUUUCUUUCACUCUGACAGAUGGGGAACUGACUGGCUGACCCAACUGGCAGCACAGCGUCUGCUACUCCUUCUCCUUCCAUGGCCGUCGACGUUAAGAAAGUUCAUUCGACCCUUUUGACCGUCUCUUUCUCUUUCUCGAUUGAACCGAUUAUAAAUCCAAAUUCUAAAUCUUCGCACCCUUUGCACGACCGGAUACCCAGGUUCCUUGUUAUUCUUCAUUGUCCCCUUCAAGCCUGAAUUCAAACUGGGUUCCCCAAGAAAUUGAGAACCGAGAAAAUCCCUGACUAGUAUUAUCUUAAUACGUUCCUGUGGAUUUAUGCUCGGGGAAAGUUGACUUCUUUUUAAUUUCCUCGGGGGAGACACAACUUGGGACGUCUAAGAAUUCUUAUAUGGGUUGCCAACUUGCCCUCUGUGAUGGCGAUGCUCGGAUGUUCAAGAUGGUUCUGUGAUGCUUGUCUGUUUCAAUGGUCAUCGCCCAUUCCACAUCGCCACUGUUCCAUUGAUGAGAAGGCGCAGUUUCGGUUGUGACAUUGAUGAAUCCAGAGGUGAUCAAGAAGAAGUCAUUCUCUAAGAAAGUUAUGGGCAUGAAGAAUUGGAUUGGAACGAAGUUGAAGAGGAAGUUAAGCGACUCCCCCGAUCAACAGCGGGGUUCGGUACUUGAGAGUUCUUGUCUUGGGGCCAUCGGGGGAAUGUCGAUAGAUCGAAAUGUUCAGCCCUUCAGGGUUUUUGUAGCAACAUGGAAUGUUGGAGGCAAAUCUCCUCAUGGAAGCCUCAAUUUAGAUGAAAUUCUUCAAGUCCGUGAUCCAUCAGACAUAUAUGUUUUGGGUUUUCAGGAAAUCGUCCCAUUGAAUGCUGGGAAUGUGCUUGUGAUUGAAGACACUGAACCUGCAGUGAAGUGGCUAACAUUGAUAAAUCAGUCACUCAACAAACCGCAUAAUGCUGCUUACAGAGGACUGAGAGCUAGCCCCACUAUGACUGGUUCGCUUUUCUUCCCAAAGCCUUCCCUUAAGAAGAUCAGUAAAAUUUUUAGGACAGAGAGUAGAAGGCGGCUCAAGGCUUGCAAUUGUCCAACUGAUUUGGAGAGGAAAAACAGUAAAGAUAUCUGCUUUCGGUGUCAACAGCCAAGUAUAGGUGAGGACGACAUCUCUUCAGAGGAGGAAGAUGAUGGAACAAACGGUUUUGAGAUGGUGGAUAUUUCAGCUUCUGCUGUCGGUAAUCAGAUGAAGUACGGUCUCGUAGCAAUCAAGCAGAUGGUUGGAAUUUUUGUCACGGUAUGGAUAAGGAGAGAGCUCAUACAGCACGUAAGCCAUUUAAGAAUCUCGUGCACUAGCCGUGGGAUCAUGGGAUGUCUCGGUAAUAAGGGCUGCAUUUCAGUUAGUAUGUUAUUCCAUCAGACGAGCUUUUGCUUUAUAUGCAGUCACCUGGCAUCUGGGGAAAAGGAAGGUGACGAGCUCAGGAGAAAUUCGGACGUGGUAGAAAUUCUCAGGAACACUCAGUUCGCAAAAAUAUGCAGAGUCCCUAACAGCAGGAUACCGACGAAAAUAUUAGAACACGACCGGGUCAUUUGGUUGGGCGACUUGAAUUACCGAAUAUCUUUGAGCUAUUCUGAGACUAAAAGGCUCAUGGACCGGAAAGCAUGGGAUGCACUGCUCAACAAAGAUCAGUUGAAGAUUGAAAGGGAGGCGGGCCGAGUUUUCAAGGGAUGGAAGGAGCAGAAGAUCAAAUUUGAGCCUACUUACAAGUUCUCAUACAAUUCAGAUGCCUAUGCAGGAGAGAACGUGAGAUCAAAGGAUAAAAGGAGAACUCCGGCAUGGUGCGACCGAAUACUAUGCCAUGGAAAUGGGAUACGGCAAGAUUCUUACUUUCGAGGAGAGUCCCGGUUUUCGGAUCACCGUCCGGUUUGCUCGGAAUUUUUGGUGGAUGUUGUAGUUACUGAGGCUGGAUCAAGGAGAGUGCCAUCCGGCCCUAACAUGAAGGUUGGAGCUGAAGAACUUCUACCUCCGAUCGGUAGAUAUCUGUCGAUACAAAACGAAUUCGGGGUCAAUAGCAUCCCUCUUCAAGGUUGAUGAAAGUUUUGCCAAUUUCCCAAAAACGAGUAAGGAGUAAAUGUCACUCAUAAUGGUAAAUUUCCUUGUUUGGCAAGCAAACCAUUUGGGGCUUCUUUGCAACUGUACGUAUGGAAUGAGUCAUAUGAUAUAGCAAUGGAAAUCUUAGUGUGCAAAUGAAAUGCAAUUUCAUGGUGGUGUUCAAAAUGGGUCUAUCCCUAAGACGACCUUGAAAUCGUCUAGGGGCGCCACAGUGAAAUUAGUCGUAUCUUGCUAAAUGAUGCCUUAUUCUGCAAUGGAUGGAGGGUGUAAAAUCUCGUUCCUUUAUAAAGGCAAUGAAGGGAAAGGAUGAAGGGGAUUUUCUCAGAUUAUCAUUUCAAGCCUUUUCUCUUCCUCUGGCCCGGCAAUAUGGUUAUCCGUCUUUUGGCAUCUGUUUUUUUUUUUCCUUUGAAUGUAAGAUUCAUCACCCUUUUGUAGGACUGAAAGAAAUGUAGCACAACCUGUGCAUAGAUUCUGUA